AUGGUUUCUAAAAUGAUCAUUGAAAACUUCGAGGCACUGAAGUCCUGGCUCAGCAAGACUCUCGAGCCCAUCUGUGAUGCAGAUCCAUCAGCCCUGGCAAAGUAUGUUCUCGCUUUGGUAAAGAAAGACAAAAGUGAAAAAGAGUUAAAGGCAUUAUGUAUUGAUCAACUGGAUGUAUUUCUUCAAAAAGAGACACAGAUAUUUGUGGAAAAACUUUUUGAUGCUGUGAAUACAAAGAGUUAUCUACCUCCUCCAGAGCAGCCAUCAUCAGGAAGCUUAAAGGUAGAAUUUUUUCAGCACCAAGAAAAAGAUAUAAAAAAAGAAGAGAUCACAAAGGAGGAAGAGCGAGAGAAGAAGUUUUCUAGAAGGCUAAAUCACAGUCCUCCUCAGUCAAGCUCCCGAUACAGAGAAAAUAGAAGUCGUGAUGAGAGGAAAAAAGAUGAUCGUUCUCGCAAAAGAGAUUAUGAUCGAAACCCCCCUCGAAGAGAUUCAUACAGAGACCGGUACAACAGAAGACGAGGGCGAAGUCGCAGUUACAGCAGGAGUCGGAGUCGAAGUUGGAGUAAAGAGAGGCUUCGUGACAGAGAUAGGGAUAGAAGCAGGACUAGAAGCAGAAGCAGGACACGAAGCAGGGAAAGGGAUCUGGUAAAACCUAAAUAUGACCUGGAUAGAGCAGAUCCAUUAGAAAACAAUUAUACUCCAGUCUCUUCGGUACCUAAUAUUUCAUCUGGCCACUACCCUGUACCUACUUUGAGCAGCACUAUUACAGUAAUUGCUCCUACUCAUCAUGGUAAUAACACUACCGAAAGUUGGUCUGAAUUUCAUGAGGACCAGGUGGACCAUAAUUCAUAUGUAAGACCACCAAUGCCAAAGAAACGGUGUAGAGACUAUGAUGAAAAGGGUUUCUGUAUGAGAGGAGACAUGUGCCCUUUUGAUCAUGGAAGUGACCCAGUAGUUGUAGAAGAUGUCAAUCUUCCUGGUAUGCUGCCUUUCCCAGCACAGCCUCCUGUUGUUGAAGGACCACCUCCUCCUGGACUCCCUCCACCACCACCAAUUCUUACACCCCCACCUGUGAAUCUGAGACCCCCUGUGCCACCGCCAGGCCCAUUACCACCCAGUCUACCACCUGUCACAGGACCACCACCUCCACUUCCUCCUUUGCAACCGUCUGGCAUGGAUGCACCCCCAAACUCUGCAACCAGCUCUGUUCCUACUGUGGUAACAACUGGCAUUCAUCACCAGCCGCCUCCUGCUCCUCCCUCUCUUUUUACUGCAGUUUUUGUAUUACCAGAUACAUAUGACACAGACGGCUACAAUCCUGAAGCCCCAAGCAUAACAAACACUUCCAGACCAAUGUAUAGACACAGAGUGCAUGCACAAAGGCCCAACUUGAUAGGGCUCACAUCAGGGGAUAUGGAUUUGCCACCCAGAGAAAAGCCUCCUAAUAAAAGCACUAUGAGGAUAGUAGUGGAUUCAGAGUCAAGGAAAAGAACCAUUGGUUCUGGGGAGCCUGGAGUUCCUACAAAGAAGACUUGGUUUGAUAAACCAAAUUUUAAUAGAACAAACAGCCCAGGCUUCCAGAAAAAGGUUCAGUUUGGAAAUGAAAAUACGAAACUUGAACUUAGGAAAGUUCCUCCAGAAUUAAAUAAUAUCAGCAAACUUAAUGAGCAUUUUAGUCGAUUUGGAACCUUGGUUAACUUGCAGGUUGCCUAUAAUGGGGAUCCUGAAGGUGCCCUUAUCCAAUUUGCAACAUAUGAAGAAGCAAAGAAAGCGAUAUCAAGUACAGAAGCAGUGCUAAAUAAUCGAUUUAUUAAAGUUUACUGGCACAGAGAAGGAAGCACCCAGCAAUUGCAAACUACUUCGCCAAAGGUGAUGCAGCCUUUAGUUCAGCAGCCCAUCUUGCCUGUUGUGAAGCAGUCAGUCAAAGAGCGGUUGGGUCCAGUACCUUCAAGUACUAUUGAACCAGCAGAAGCCCAGAGUGCCAGUUCAGACCUUCCUCAGAAUGUAACUAAGUUAUCUGUGAAGGACAGGUUGGGUUUUGUAUCAAAGCCAUCUGUUUCAGCAACUGAAAAGGUGUUGUCUACAUCUACUGGCCUAACAAAAACGGUGUAUAAUCCAGCUGCUUUGAAGGCUGCACAAAAAACGUUACUUGUUUCCACUUCUACAGUUGAUAAUAAUGAAGCACAGAAAAAAAAGCAGGAGGCACUGAAACUUCAGCAAGAUGUAAGGAAAAGGAAACAAGAAAUUUUAGAAAAGCACAUUGAAACACAGAAGAUGUUAAUUUCAAAACUGGAGAAAAACAAAGCAAUGAAGUCUGAAGAUAAAGCAGAAAUAAUGAAAACUUUAGAGGUUUUGACUAAAAAUAUUACCAAGUUGAAAGAUGAGGUCAAAGCUGCUUCUCCUGGACGCUGUCUUCCAAAAAGUAUAAAAACUAAGACUCAGAUGCAGAAAGAGUUGCUUGACACAGAACUGGAUUUAUAUAAGAAGAUGCAAGCUGGAGAAGAAGUCACUGAACUUAGGAGAAAGUACACAGAAUUACAGCUGGAGGCUGCAAAGCGAGGGAUUCUUUCAUCUGGUCGUGGUAGAGGAGUUCAUUCAAGAGGUCGAGGUGCAGCUCACGGCCGAGGCAGGGGUCGAGGCCGAGGUCGAGGUGUGCCUGGUCAUGCUGUGGUGGAUCACCGUCCCAGGGCAUUGGAGAUUUCUGCAUUUACAGAGAGUGAUAGAGAAGAUCUUCUUCCUCACUUUGCGCAAUAUGGUGAAAUUGAAGAUUGUCAGAUUGAUGACUCUUCACUUCAUGCAGUAAUUACAUUCAAGACACGAGCAGAAGCUGAAGCAGCUGCAGUUCAUGGAGCUCGUUUCAAAGGGCAGGAUCUAAAGCUGGCAUGGAAUAAGCCAAUAACUAAUAUUUCAGCUGUUGAAACAGAAGAAGUUGAACCUGAUGAAGAGGAAUUUCAGGAAGAGUCUUUGGUGGAUGAUUCAUUACUUCAAGAUGAUGAUGAAGAAGAAGAGGACAAUGAAUCUCGUUCUUGGAGAAGAUGA